AAAUAAUAACCGACUCUAAUAGUGAAACACUCCAACCGUCAACACUCCCAGCAUAUACUUUUCACCAUGUUGGAUCGCCUCCAAAUCUUGUUCCUCCUGCUCCUCCUCUCACUCUCCACCAUCUCCACCUCCGAAUCAGACACACCCAUUUCCCGUUUCCAAAAUUACCUCAGUAUCAACACUGCUCAUCCUAACCCAAACUACACUACCCCCAUCGACUACCUCACACAAUUCGCUAACACCAUCCCAAAUCUCCACUCCAAAAUCAUUCACCUCACCCCUACUAUACCUCUCCUGUUAUUAACCUGGCCUGGUUCCAACCCUUCACUUCCUUCCAUUCUCUUCAACUCCCAUCUUGACUCAGUACCCGCUGAGCCUGAUAAAUGGACCUACCCACCCUUUUCCGCUCACAGGGAUUCUGAUGGAAGAAUCUUCGCACGUGGCGCCCAGGAUGAUAAGUGUAUUGGUAUGCAGUAUUUGGAGGCAAUCAAAGUGAUUCAAAGCAGUGAUCCGAAUUUUGUGCCGUUGAGAAAUGUUCAUAUUUUGUAUAUCCCUGAGGAGGAGGUUGGUGGGUUUGAUGGGAUGGGGAAGUUUGUGGAGCGUAAAGAAUUUGAAGAGUUAAAUGUUGGGUUUGUGAUGGAUGAAGGACAGGCUUCGACUAAUGAUGAGUUUAGAGUGUUUUAUGCUGAUAGGACACCUUGGCAUAUGGUGAUUAAGGCUGUUGGAACCCCUGGACAUGGUUCUAAAUUGUAUGAUAAUACUGCUAUGGAGAACUUGAUGAAGAGUAUUGAGGUUGUUACUAAGUUUAGGGAGUCUAAGUUUGAUAUAGUCAAGGCUGGAUUGGCUGCUAAUUCUGAGGUCGUUUCAGUCAACCCAGUGUUUCUCAAGGCCGGAACUCCUUCCCCAACUGGAUUUGUGAUGAACAUGCAACCCUCUGAGGCUGAGGCAGGAUUUGAUAUUAGGAUGCCACCAACAACUGACCCACAACUUAUGAGGAAGAUAAUUGAAGAGCAAUGGGCACCAACUUGGAGGAACAUGACAUAUGAGAUAACUGAGAAGGGAUUCCUAAGGGAUAACAAGGGACGUCCUCUGAUGACUCUUGCUUCCGAUUCCAACCCUUGGUGGUCCAUUUUCAAUGAAGCUGUUACUAGAGCUGGUGGCAAACUCUCCAAGCCUGAAAUAUUAGCUUCGACUACUGAUGCUCGAUUCAUGAGACGGCUGGGAAUUCCCUCCUUUGGUUUCUCCCCUAUGAAGAACACCCCCAUCUUACUUCAUGACCACAAUGAGUUCCUCAAGGAUACUGUUUACUUGGAGGGGAUUAAGGUGUAUGAAUCCAUUAUAAAGUCAUUAAGUUCCUUUGAGGGAUCUUAUGAACACUGAUGCAAUGGGUUUCUCAACAAUGAAGCAUUUGAAAACUUGAUUUCUCCUCCUAUCAGCUGGCUGGUGUCCUUUCAAGCUAAGAUUAGUUGGGUGAACUUGCAGUUUCAUGCGUAGGUUGGUUGGUUGAUUGUGUCUCAUGACUUGAAUCUCAGCUGUCCUGCCCAACACCAAAACAGAACCAAAUUGUUAAUCAGAUGAAGUUUCCUGCCAAUACCUUUUUGAUCAAGUCCCAGAAAGAAUAUUCUAAUUAGUUUAAGCAUCAUGUAAUGCAAACAGAUGAUGUUUCAAGUGGGGUGAACUAUAUCUAUUUCCUUUGAUUCGGUGUAGUUUAGCUUAUGCAAAAAAUUUGUCUGCUUCAAUGUCUGGAUGAGUUCUCACUUAGCACUUUCUUAGACAUUCUAGCAUUUGCUAAUAGAUUUAGUCAUCGCUUAUAAAUCUACUCGCUGAAAGUCAAUUGCAAGUGACAUGAGUGCAAACCCCUGGGAAAAAAGUAAGGAAGAAGUGACUGAUUGCUGAGAAUUCGGACUACUCCUGAUAAAAUAUUACUGCAUAGCAUAACUAGAGCGUUGGCUGCAAAAGGGGAGAUUAUCACGUUGCUGUGCAUAAGAAGUUGGAAAGUUCAGUUUUCAUAAGAACUUUUUCCAGCACAGGAACGUUAACUAACAGUUGAUAAUAAAAAUUCUCUGUUUGAUAAAGAUCCUUUCCAGAACAUGAAUGUUAACUAACAGUUUUACUGUUAAAUUUCAUCAUCUGAAUGUGGAAGCAGAGAAGAUUUGUCUAAUAGCCCCAAUAAUCUUUGCGAUAAUCCUUCUCUACGACUUACCUUCUUGCAAAUGAAUAAUGUCACAUAGAAAGAGUGUCCUUGUUCUUUUGCACAUAAUGCACCAAAUUGACCUAUAGAAUUGAUUGCCUUUCAACUGUAUUGAUCUUAAGCUUUUGAUGAAGCGAAGGCCACACAAGGGCCUAUUUUACUGAAACAUGAAAUUUUCAAAUAAGAAAGGCCACAGCGGAAUUCCUUAAGGGUUGUGAAAAAAAUCAGAUACGAGAACUGGAUUCGAAUGUUAAAAUCUUACUAAACUAUAGAUUCUUUUAUUCUCUUUUGUGUUUUUAAGGAAUUCCCUGAAAAAGAGUUUCUUUUCUAAUUGCGAAACAAAAUGAUGUACAUUUUUUCUGGUAACCAAUUGCAUCUGAGAUGUUAAGCAGUAGGAUUAACUUCUUUUCUUCACUGCAACUCCUGCCCCUCAGGCUAUUAGUAAGAAACUAAAGUUGGAAAUUAACCUAAUGCAAGAACUUCACAUAACACGAUUCAGGCACACCACAAUUUUGUUUGGGUGUGAACACUUAGCCUGGCUUACUCAAUCAUUUUUGGAUUUACCAAAUGAACCUUGUGGAAUUAAACAUUCAUAAGAGAUUCUUCAUGUCAGUUUAAUCAAAAGAGAUGGACGAGUCUUUGUUUCUUUAUAUGCUAUUAAGACAUUGUGACUUCAACCAGACAUCUUCAAAAUUAACUUGUAGACUCUGGGGUCGUUUGGUACAAAGAUAAGUUAUACAUGGAUUAAUAGCGCAGGGAUUAGUAAUGUAGGGAUUAGUAAUACAUGGAUUAGUAAUACAGGGAUUAUUUUUGUUGGGUGUUUGGUUCAUUACACUAAAAUUGGACACAAAAGAUACCAUUUGAAUAUUUAUUUAUUUUUAAAACUUAAGAAAUAAUUUGUUACAAUUAUACCCUUGAAUGCUUGGUCUUUAUAGUUUUGUUGGAACAAAACAAGGCUAAUUUUGUCAUUUUAGUUUUUUUAUCCCUGAUAAGCUAUCCAUGGAUAAGUUAUCCCUGGGUGGUGGUGGGAUAAGAUAAUACACCCUUUGGUGUAUUAAAUAAUCCAUGCAUUAGUUAUACAUGUCCCAAAAUAUCAACCAAACAUGGUAUAAAAUAAUAUCACAUCUAAUACUAUGACUAUUUUAGCUAAGGCCUCCUGCCAAAUGAGCUCUAAGUGCUUUCUGCUUAUCCUGUUAUUUACCAUCUUUUGCUAACAAGUUACCAGUGAGUUGCCGGUUACCGUCUCCUAUGUAGUCUGUCAUAUAUGAUCCUGAAAUGUGUUGAGGACAUGAGAACCGGAAAUAGUGAUCUCUGUAUCAGUGGAAACCGCAGCUUGUUUUAUCUGAAGUUUUAACCGUUCACACCUUUGUUCCUUGUAACAUAUUCUUCCCCGCGCUUUGCUUUGUCUUCUAUAUAUCGCUCUGGAUAUGUCUGAAGUUUAAUCCUGUUCAAACUGUGGACUUGAAUGAACAUGUCAAUGGUUGUCUGAUGUAUUAACAUCUCAUAACUGCUAAUUCGAGAAUUGAUUUUCGGUAGUCAGUUUCCAACAAACUCUAGGCGUUGACACAGAAUUAAUCCAAGCUCUGAAAUCAUGUUUAUUAGUUUUGCAGGGGAUCUCUCUUUUGGAAAUGAUGAUUUGUCCACACAAUAUAAUUUUAUAACAUCAUUUACAAUCUA